AUGCCGUGUUACAGGCGGCCUUUGUCCUUGGCUGAUGAUGCUUCCGCCGCCCCUUUCCCCUGUCGCAUGGCUACUAUAAGCCUACGGGAAACACCUGCGUUCAAUACCAUCACAAUUGACAUCGCCGUUACCUCAUCAUCCCAACCAACCCUCGAAUUCAGCCACAGCAGGGACUUGUUUUCUCUUGUCUUCAUUCGCCGCCACAUCAAACAGAGUACACGCGCCACCUACAUUACCAACAACUACUGCAACAACCAACACCGACGACGGCAUUGCCGGGCUGAACCCAACGUCAACGUCAACGACGUCGACACCUGA